UUAGCUUAUAAAUGGCAAGGUGACAGUGUGUCUUAUCCUACAUUCAUUGACUGCCACUGCGCAACUUAACAGCAAUUACCGGACCCUCCUAGAAAUCGAACAAAUCGGUUCCAGCCAUGUACGCCUGCGCCAAGUUUGUCACCUCCUCUACUGUGCUGCGUGGAGGGUCCAGGGUCCUCGCACGGCCUGUCUCUGUCUCCAUCUUUAACCGACCUGAAGCUUCAGUGGAGCAGCAGUCCCUGUUGCCAGUCAGCCGGUCGGCCAUUCUGUCCCGCUCCAUCCAGACGAGCGCAGUCUCCCGGGACAUCGACACAGCGGCCAAGUUCAUUGGUGCUGGAGCUGCCACAGUUGGUGUGGCUGGUUCAGGAGCCGGAAUCGGGACAGUUUUUGGCAGCCUCAUCAUCGGCUAUGCAAGGAACCCUUCCCUAAAGCAGCAGCUCUUCUCCUAUGCCAUCCUGGGAUUCGCUCUCUCUGAGGCCAUGGGCUUGUUCUGUCUGAUGGUGGCAUUCCUCAUCCUGUUCGCCAUGUAAACCUGGCAUUAUACCUCACCACCUACAUCGUCCUUCCCCCUUCCUUCCUAGGGCGGGAGGGGGAAUGGUUUUUGAAAUCUCUAACUGAAGGAGCUGAUGGGUCAUUCCAAUCAACAAAACAAAUAUUCUGAAAUGGAAUUUAAUAAAAAAAAAAAACUGUGGUUAAGAGCGUUCAGUCCUACCCCUUAAUGUUCCUACGCUUUAUUUUUGUUCAAAAGUUUUAUGUGAGUCCACCUUUCGGUUGACAUUAAAUCUGUCUGAAAUAAAUGGUUGGGAUAACUUAAA